AUGAGGCCCCUCAACCACCAAUAUGAGGCGCCCUCACAACCUUCAUACGAGGCCCCUCAAACGACCUUCAGUGAGGGCCCCUCGUCUGUAAGGCCUCGACCUACAGUAAGAGGCCCCUCGCGACCUUCUGUAGAGGCCCCUCAAGACCUUCUGUUGGGGCCCCUCACAACCUCCAACAUGAGGCCCUCACAACCAUCAGUAGAGGCCCUUCACGACCCCCUUCAUAAGAGGCCCCGACCUACAGUAGGAGGCCCCUCGACCUACAGUAACGGGCCCCUCAAGACCUUCAGUAGAGGCUCCUCACAACCUUCAGUAGAGGCCCUCACGACCUUCAGUAGAGGCCUACAACCUUCAGUAGAGGCCCCUCGACCACCAGUAAAGGCCCCUCGACCUACAGUAACGGGCCCCUCAAGACCUUCAGUGAGGCCUCACAACCUUCAUAAGAGGCCCUCGACCACAGUAGAAGGCCUCACAACCUUCAGUAAGAGGCCCCUCGACCUUCAGAAGGAAGCCCUCGACCUACAGCCCUCACGACCUACAGUGAGGCCCUCGACCUUCUGUAAGCCCCUCAAGACCUUCAGUAGAGGCCCCUCACGACCUAAAGUAAAAGGCCCUCACGACCUUCAGGAAGAGGCCCUCACGCCCUUCAGUGAGAGGCUCACGACCUUCAGAAAAGUACCCCGACCUUCAGCCCUCAAGACCUUCAGUGGCCUCGACACCCUCGACCUUCUAAGAGGACCCAGGCCUACAGUGAGGCCCUCCGACCUUCAAUGGGGCCCUACGACCUACAGUAGAGGCCCCUCGACCUACAGUAGAGGCCCGUCGACCUUCAGUAGAGGCUCUCAUCCUUCAGUAGAGGCUCCACGACCCUCAAGGACCCCGACCUUCAGAAAGGGUCCCUCGACCUACAGUAGAGGCCCUCGACCUACAGUAGAGGCCCCUCGACCUUCAGUAGGCCCUCCCAACCUUGGUAGAAAUCCUCAACCUCCAAUAAGGGCCCCUCGACCUACAGUAGAACCUCGACACACUGAAGAGGCCCCACACAACCUUCAUAUGAGAGCCCUCACAACCUUCAAUGAGGUCCUCACGACCUCAGUAAGAGGUCCUCCGACCUUCAGUGAGGCCCUCGACCUACAGUAA